UUGGCGUAUAAAGGACGGGACCGGUCGCCGGCCGUUUGGAGCCUUGUCAAGGUGGUUAGCGCAACUGGUGGGAUCACAGGCAUUGCUGUACAGUUCUAGGAGUGAUGCAGGGGAUGGAUGGUUCGACCAUUGUUUGAACUCGAGUCUCGGGAUCAACAACGAAGAAGCCUUGCCGCAUGAGCAGCAUGGACAUACACAACUGUAUAUCUCAAUCUGAGCACUAGUCCGGCCAACACAGAUCUUCUGGACAUUCCCCCUUUAUCUCGUCGACAAUGACGAGCGGAGCAGGAUGGGCGCAGUUGCGCCAGCAGAUCAGGACUCUUGAAAGUCAAACCGAGGCAUUAUUCCACACAUAUUCCCAGUAUGCUUCGACUCCAAACCUCCCUCCCAAGCCGUCAGACGAAGAAAGGAGAAACGAGGCGGAUAUAGAAGAACUGCUACGAAAGCGCGAUGCACUGGUGUCUCAACUCUCGCGACUCCUCGACUCGGAAAGUGCACUGAGCACUUCGACUCUCAAGCAAAACAAUCUCACGCGUCAUCGCGAACUCCUCAGCGAGCACCGUCAGGAACUACGACGACUGAAAUCUUCCAUCUCCGAAGCGCGCGAUCGACAACACCUGCUGGCCAAUGUUCGGUCUGACAUCGAUGCGUACAGGAGUUCCAACCCUGCCGAGGCAGAGGCCGAAUACAUGCUGCAAGAAAGAGCGAGGCUGGAUCACAGCCACAGUGCCAUCGAUGGUGUAUUGGCACAGGCGUAUGCCAUCAAUGAGAACUUCGGCAUCCAGCGUGAGACUCUGGCCAGUAUCAACCGCCGCAUCACCUCCGCGGCAGCCCAAAUCCCGGGUGUCAAUGGGCUGAUCGCAAGAAUUGGCUCCAAGAGGAGGAGGGACGGGAUUAUCUUGGGCUCCUUUAUUGCUUUCUGUUUCCUUAUGCUGCUGUACUUCAGCUAGCGCUGAUACUGAACUCGAAUGUGGCCCGAGGCAUCUCUUGCCUGUGGAGGGUUCCUCAUCGACAGACUCCGUCCGAGGUUGCUAUGGUGCAGGAGAUGAAGGACAUCAUUCACAGGCCAGCUGCUACGAUACCAAUUGUCAGCCUGAUUUAUUCCUCACGGCAACUACGAUCCCAAGCGAACGAGGCGACCUAAAGCGAAGUCGACUCUCAGCCGGCUAUGUUGAAAUCAUCCAUGUCAUUUCAAAGGAUGCUCAAGGGCUGUUUGUGUGGUUCCACGCCCACGUACCUAGGCUGAACGCCUUGACUCUCUUCGAGGAGAAAGGGGUGAUUGUUUGCCUGGCGUGCUGAAGUCAUCAUACAAUUGCGCGGUUACCUACACUCGAGACGAAGGCGCCAGCGGAUCCUUUGAGCUUUCAUCAUUGUUUGCUCCGGAACGUCGGCUUGGAGGCCACUUUGUUGUUUUCGCACCCUGAUGGGGCGUGGUGUUGGCGAGGUCAAUCCGUAACAUUUUUCAUUAUUUAACGGCACUGCUCGUUCGGCUGCGGUCUUGAGCUUCGACGGAGGACAGCUCGGCCUGGAAACAACGACCCAGGCGUGGUACGGCGGACAGUCUCUGGGAACUCAGACUCCGCUGAUUGUCACCACAACCUCCAUGUCAAUAGAGACGAUCUGCUCAUAAGCGCUAUCCCAGUCAAUAAGGCUAGCCCUCCAAUUCGAUUAGUUGGGAUGACCUUCGGCAAGUCACUUCAGGGGGCUCACACCUCGCCUCCUUGGUUUGGCUCCCCUGUCUCGACUCUCUUUCGUGGCGAACGCAGAGUAUCAUCGGAGUAUCAUUCUGUAUCGACUACGAGCCCGAGAGCGAUGACAUGCUGGCAAGGGGUCGCUUACACUUGGCUUGGUGGUGACAACAGGGCUGUGGCAGCUCUCUUUGCAUAAGAUCUGGUAUGAAUCUUCCAUUUGAAGGGGCAAUGGAAUGAUAUUUCUGCACGCAAUACCCGGUGCAGUUCCAAAUCCAACCCGAUACUUAUCCGCUUCUCUCUUUCUCUGGUCGCGAAGCAUCCUUGGGUUGCUCUUUUCAUGGUUUACAUUGAGGAAGAAGAGGUCCUAUCACUACUAAUGGUCACAACUACAAGUAUGUACAUGUACCGCUUGCCCACAACCCCUCCUAGCCCUGCAUUGCACCCAGACAAUAGAUAUGCAUGAAACAGGACCCUGAACGAUGUGCAUGGGUAGGCUGAGGUCCUCUGUACAGGUAUGCUAUGUGUUUCCACAGCAAUGUUCCAGACCGGCUUUUUCGGAACGAAGAGCACUGGUACGGCAAGUACUAGACUUAGUUCGUACAAUUGUAGGAUACUAGUAGAUAGUGAAAGGAGUGUCGUAAAAGCCAAGCAGCCAAAAAAAGGCGAACCAAAAAAAAUGCCUCUCUUUGUCGGAGUCCAAGUCUGAGGAGACUCUUUUCCAU